AUGGGUUUGGGUUUGGGUUUGGGUUUGGGUUUGGGUUUGGGUUUGGGUUUGGGUUUGGGUUUGGGUUUGGGUUUGGGUUUGGGUUUGGGUUUGGGUUUGGGUUUGGGUUUGGGUUUGGGUUUGGGUUUGGGUUUGGGUUUGGGUUUGGGUUUGGGUUUGGGUUUGGGUUUGGGUUUGGGUUUGGGUUUGGGUUUGGGUUUGGGUUUGGGUUUGGGUUUGGGUUUGGGUUUGGGUUUGGGUUUGGGUUUGGGUUUGGGUUUGGGUUUGGGUUUGGGUUUGGGUUUGGGUUUGGGUUUGGGUUUGGGUUUGGGUUUGGGUUUGGGUUUGGGUUUGGGUUUGGGUUUGGGUUUGGGUUUGGGUUUGGGUUUGGGUUUGGGUUUGGGUUUGGGUUUGGGUUUGGGUUUGGGUUUGGGUUUGGGUUUGGGUUUGGGUUUGGGUUUGGGUUUGGGUUUGGGUUUGGGUUUGGGUUUGGGUUUGGGUUUGGGUUUGGGUUUGGGUUUGGGUUUGGGUUUGGGUUUGGGUUUGGGUUUGGGUUUGGGUUUGGGUUUGGGUUUGGGUUUGGGUUUGGGUUUGGGUUUGGGUUUGGGUUUGGGUUUGGGUUUGGGUUUGGGUUUGGGUUUGGGUUUGGGUUUGGGUUUGGGUUUGGGUUUGGGUUUGGGUUUGGGUUUGGGUUUGGGUUUGGGUUUGGGUUUGGGUUUGGGUUUGGGUUUGGGUUUGGGUUUGGGUUUGGGUUUGGGUUUGGGUUUGGGUUUGGGUUUGGGUUUGGGUUUGGGUUUGGGUUUGGGUUUGGGUUUGGGUUUGGGUUUGGGUUUGGGUUUGGGUUUGGGUUUGGGUUUGGGUUUGGGUUUGGGUUUGGGUUUGGGUUUGGGUUUGGGUUUGGGUUUGGGUUUGGGUUUGGGUUUGGGUUUGGGUUUGGGUUUGGGUUUGGGUUUGGGUUUGGGUUUGGGUUUGGGUUUGGGUUUGGGUUUGGGUUUGGGUUUGGGUUUGGGUUUGGGUUUGGGUUUGGGUUUGGGUUUGGGUUUGGGUUUGGGUUUGGGUUUGGGUUUGGGUUUGGGUUUGGGUUUGGGUUUGGGUUUGGGUUUGGGUUUGGGUUUGGGUUUGGGUUUGGGUUUGGGUUUGGGUUUGGGUUUGGGUUUGGGUUUGGGUUUGGGUUUGGGUUUGGGUUUGGGUUUGGGUUUGGGUUUGGGUUUGGGUUUGGGUUUGGGUUUGGGUUUGGGUUUGGGUUUGGGUUUGGGUUUGGGUUUGGGUUUGGGUUUGGGUUUGGGUUUGGGUUUGGGUUUGGGUUUGGGUUUGGGUUUGGGUUUGGGUUUGGGUUUGGGUUUGGGUUUGGGUUUGGGUUUGGGUUUGGGUUUGGGUUUGGGUUUCGGGUUUGGGUUUGGUUUGGGUUUGGGUUUGGGUUUGGGUUUGGGUUUGGGUUUGGGUUAG